AUGGAACAAAGAGCGCGAACCCCAUGCCAACAUGUGAACAGCCUUUUGACUGUCAAUUUACCUUUAGCAAAGAUAGACUCAGCAGCCUUCAAGAAACAACUUACCAGUGCCUCGCUUCAUUGUGAUCUGUGCGAUACAAAAAUGCCGAGACUAUGGAUUUGCUUGCACAGUAAUUGCCGGGCCAUAAUAUGUAAUACCAGCUCGCACGCACACGUACUUAAGCAUUUUGACACGUAUAAGGAUUCGACAGAAAAUGGAUAUCAUUCUGUUUACAUCAACCCGCGGGCAUUGACGAUUUGGUGCUACGAGUGCGGAAGAGAGCUAAACCCGCUCGAUAAGUCUGAAUUGCUUUCUCCUGACGUACGGACUUAUUUGAGAACCGUAAUAAGAAGUCUGCAAGGAAAACGUAACAAGUCCCCAGAGCAACCAUUUGUCGAUGUUCCUGCAUCAAGGCAGUCGAUAUGUAAACUAUCAGACCACUUUUUAAAUUUUGUCAAGGCGAUGUGGUCAGGUGUAAGCCCAAUAUACAUACCAAUACAGUUGGUCACAGAAAUAAAACGAACUUUUGAAGGAUUUCAAGGUUACGGACAAGAAGAUUCUCAAGAAUUCCUCUGCUUUAUUCUGGACCGCCUUCAUGAAGAGCUUCCUUAUCCCCCCUCUUCCAUAAGUACAUUCUCUGCCGGUUACGCGAUAGAGAACGGGCGUAAAAGUCAUGGGAACGGCUCACUCUCGCAUACCAUAUCAGAUGGUAAUCAUAGUUCAAAACAAGGGGCAACAAAACGGAGUAUUAUAAGUGACGUUUUUGAGGGUACCUUGGAAAGUAAAAUAAGAUGUUUGCAUUGUAAAAAAGACUUUGAGAAGGAAGAUCGGGUGUGUGAGUUGCUUAUUGAGAUAGACAAGAAAUUCAAAUCAAAGAACCAAGAAAGGAAUGGAGAGUCAUCAUCCGCGAUUGGAUCAAUGUUUGGUGCUGUAACCGGACUUGUGGGGAUAGGAGGAAAAAUACUUAGGCUACAAGACUGUCUGAGCGCCUUUACUGCUACUGAGACGCUGAUGGGAGACAAUCAGUAUGAAUGUGAGAGCUGUGGUAAGAAAAGAGACGGUCAGAAGACAUUGAGGAUAAAAACAUUGCCAGAAACACUUUGCAUAAUGCUAAAGAGAUUUCGUCGUGACCAAUAUUUCUCAAAAAUUGGAACUUAUGUACAAUUUCCUAUGGAAGACUUUGACAUGAGACCUUUUUGUAAAGAACCAGCAGAUCAUGAGGAAAAAAACGAGAAAAGUACAGCCUCUACAAUUUAUGACUUAUAUGCACUUAUACAUCAUAAAGGGGCAUUUGGAGCUGGUCAUUACGUUACAUAUGCCAAGAAUCCCAUUGACAAGAAUUGGUAUGAAUUUGAUGAUACUUUUGUAACCAGGAAGACGCCUGCUGAGGUAGCAAAAGUAGAGGCAUAUGUACUGUUCUAUCAAAAAAAGAGUCUAGAGAAGCAAGCAGAAAGAGAUGAGAUACUUACGCAAAUAGAAAAAGAGAGCGGCUAUGGUCAAUCACGUCUCAUCUCACGGCUUUGGUUUAAUAGGUGGCGAUUUUUAGAAGCUCCUGGACCUAUAACCAACUACGACUUUAUAUGUGCACAUGGAGCUAUCAAUUUGUUGAAGUACCCAAAACCUCUUAACUUGGUAGUGCGAAUACCAGAGAAAGUGUACAACAGAUUUGUAAUGUAUUACGGUCAUGAUGAUAGUCCAUCAAUUACUGAGGCAGACCUACAGUCUGGGUGUCCGGUAUGUGAGCAAGAGGCGAGGUUAAUCGAUGAGCGGCGCAAACGUGAACAAAUGGACAUUGCGUCUAUCGAUACAAAUGAAAUUGGACCGGGGGAAUAUUGGUUUUUAAUAAGUUCGACUUGGUUAGCUUCUUGGCAUGCAUUUAAAGCAGGAGGUCCAAUACCUGGUCCGAUUGAUAAUACCAGAUUCUUGAACGCAAACGGCACACCUAAGCCCCAUAUGCAAAGAAGCGUUCAUUAUCGAGGAGUAAACGAGCGUGUUUGGCGUUAUUUUUAUCGAAUAUACGGCGGAGGACCGAUAUGUGUCCGAGCUGUACUGGAUUUAUAUUCUCAGCCGUAUUACCCUCCCCAGCCAGCCGAUAGACAAUCAGACUCUUCAAAUAGACCUCGGUCAUUUUAUUAA